AUGGCAGAUCAUCCGGCUUUGCCAAUCGACGCGCCCGCGCGAAAUAGCACCGGCAGUCCUAAGAUCGGAGGCACCAUCAGCCACAGAUCCAGUUUCGCAGAGAACUUACGGCACUCUCCAAGGUCUCAACGACAUCCUUCAUUCACACAAGCGGCGGUACAGGAACUACUCAACCAUCCAGUUAAUAAGACCGCAGAUCCGAAAUUCGUUGGAAGGGACUGGAGGACUAUACACGUUGGGGAAUUGGUGAACAGCAGUGAUGUUAAGUGGGCCGAAAUCGAUACCAGUAUACAGGAUGCUACCACGAUGUUGAUUGAAGCCGGACCGCCGAAUGUAAUCCUUUUGCGGGAGAAGCCAGAUGACACAACUGCUGUUGGAACGUUUGAUUACAGUGAUCUCAAUGCCUAUCUUCUUGCCGUGGUUGGGCUGGGAAGCCCCGAGGAAAUCCAAAUGGAAAGCUACGACUCGAUCGCGAAGAGAGCCAGUGAAGGCAAAUUUAUCCCCGUUCGAGAGACUUCUACACUAGGAAAGCCAGAAUCUCUCAUAACCUUAUCCGCUUCCGAUGAUCUUGCAAAGGCUAUGGAACACUUUGGGAGUGGCGUUCAUCGAAUACUCGUCUGUAAAGAUGGCACAACCGAGGUCGUGGGUGUUCUGAGUCAGUUGAGACUGGUCAGAUUCAUGUCGGAAAAUGCUACUAGCUUUGCGGCCAUCGAUGCGCUCAAUCCAAUGCUUUUGAAGGAUUUGGGUAUCGGGACACCUUCCACGAUCGGAAUCAAUGGUGACGAGCCUUUGAAAGAUGCUCUUCGAUUGAUGCACAGUCAAGGCCUCACGAGUAUCCCCGUCGUCGACAACGGCUUCAAUGUAGUUGGAAAUAUCUCCAGCGCAGACGUUAAGCUUCUUACCAACUCAACCAAUCUUCCUCUGUUGAAGAGAUCUUGCAUUCAUUUUGUAUCGGUGAUACUCUCUGAGCGAGGGAUGAUCGACGGAAAGGAUUCGUUUCCAGUUUUCCAUGUUAGCCCCUAUUCCACACUCGGCCACACGAUUGCCAAAAUGCUAGCAACAAGAUCCCACCGAAUGUGGGUCGUUGAAUCAUCCUCCCCUUCCCCAUCUCCCGGUGCAACGCCUUCCAUGGGCUUUGCCAGUCUACAUUCACCGAACUCAUCUACCCCAACCUCUCCAUCGCUUUCAGGAUCUUUCCCUGUUUCCGCAGCCGCUUUGCCAGGGGCUAGGAUCUCCGGCCGACUAACUGGCGUUGUUUCUCUAACAGACAUCCUGAAUCUCUUUGGACGCCAAUCCGGAUUGAACCCAUUGAGUCCCAGUGAUCAGCGAGACCGAAGACGACGAAGUUCUAGUAGUUCCGUUCGACCAAGUAUUGAUUCUGUUAGGAGUUCCAGCAUGGAUAUUCGCCGCUGA